UUGGGAGUAGGGGUCUGAGCCCAAGGUCCCCGGCCGUGAUGUAGAGUGGGCUGGUGGCGGUCCCUGGGGUGGGUUUGCCCGCGUGCCCAGAGGAGGCGGCCACGUCACCGGGCGGGCCGAGCUGCGGCGGGAUCAAGCCUGAAUUCCCGGGAACCGCCCGCCGAGGCCGAGGGGCGCCUGAACGCGGCCCCCUGGGCUGGGCGGCCAGAUGGGAUAGGAAAGCAGGAAUGAGCAAGGGCGAAAACAGGGAUGGACGGGACGUGCUGAUGGCGGUGAAGUACCAUUCGCUGCAGCUUCAGGAGCCGCGCAGGUCUGGUUUGGAGAUCAAGCCCGGUCGACCCGUUACGGAAAGAGGAAGGUAUAUAAAAUUUAAACCUUCUCUCACAAGUGUAUGGUAGAGCUAAAGAAGACAAACAAGCAAGGGUCAUCUGAAAUUGUAAUUGGCUCGCUAAUAAUCCCAGGACUAAGUUGGAAAGAAGUACUCAAGCAUAAGACGACUACAAAGAUGUUUGAUAUAAAGGCUUGGGCUGAGUAUGUUGUGGAAUGGGCUGCAACGGACCCAUAUGGUUUCCUUACAACAGUUAUCCUGGCCCUUACUCCAUUGUUUCUAGCAAGUGCAGUACUGUCCUGGAAAUUGGCCAAGAUGAUUGAGGCCAGGGAAAAGGAGCAAAAGAAGAAACAAAAACGUCAAGAAAAUAUUGCAAAAGCUAAACGACUAAAAAAGGAUUGAAGGAAUGAACGAACAGGCUAUAUAACUGGAGGAACAUCAUUUGGAAAAUUAUUCAGUGUUGAAAGGACCCACUAAGGUUUCUUUUCUGGUUUUUAUGUCAGUAAUUUGUUGUAAACAAAGUCGGAGCACCUGUAAGAAUCAUGUUAGUUGUGACCUCUACUGCAGCAACUUUUAGGUUUUGAUGUAGAAGUCUGUUGACAGUUAACUGUAAAUUGGCUUUUAUUAUGCUAUAAAUUCUUUAUAAUUGACUUAGUCAUUUGCCAUUUUGCAGAUUGUGUUCUGAAAUGAAAACAUCCUGUGGAGAAAAAUGACUGUACAUUAUGAACUCUAUUAUUCAAAUAAUGGCUUAGAAUGGGGUCCUGUUCUAGACAAAGGGAAUUGAGAAUGUAAAAAUCAUGAGAAUGUAAAAAUCAAAACUGUCCAAUGGUGAAAAGUGUGCUUUGGCUUAAAGAGGCAUAUAGUAUAUUAUUUACAUCUUCUAUUAUUAUUGCUUAUUUCUUGGAAUAGAAUGAUUUCUGGCUUUCUCAAAGCUACAUAUUAACCAAUGACUGCGUUCUGCAUUUUUCUCAUUUUAGUCUUUGAGAUAAUUAUCAGACAUUCUAUAUUUUUUACAAUCUCAUUUUAUAAAGAAUUCUCUUACUGGCUAUGUAGAAUACCACCUACCAGAUAGAACAGUUUUUGUACUUAUGAACCUGCCAUUUUCUUAGAGAUGUCUUGAGUAGAGUAACACUAUGAUUUAAAGCUUGCAGUAAAAAUGCCAAACCUUGUGGUACCUUGGAACCAGUUUAUUCUUUAUUGUGCUAUGUUGAAAUGUAAAGUAGUUAAAAUGUCUUAUCACAUAAUUUGCUCAUUACAUAGAUGCCACUUUUGUGUUUUUAUUCAUUUCUUCAUUUUAAUUUAUCUGGUAGUGAUGUUCUAUACUUUCUGAUCAAACAGGUUCAUGGUGAAAAUUAAAAUUUCAGACUUCUCUUAAGGAAUUCUUAAAAAGUAAUAGUUAAGUACUAUUUCAUAAGUGGUAAGGUUUAACAUUUGGAAAAAUUUUGUUCAUCAUACUAGUAAUUGGGUGAAAAAGACAAAUUAUGUCAAAAUAAGAAUGUGUUAAAAUUAGAAAUAAAGAGCUAAAGGAUAUUUCCUUCAGCUAAGUAGUAUAACUGGAAUUUUUUUACUGUUAAACAUGGCUUUUAUAAAUGCAUAGGCUAAUAAUUUUAUUCACUGUCAGCACAUAAUAGCUUAUUAACGUUUUCCUCACCUCUGAUAAUGAAUUUUAAAUUACAAAAAGUUGUCCACCAGCUUUAAUUUAAAAAUGAAACUAGAUACUGAAAUAAAUUUGAUACUUUUUUAUAAAGAGGUCCUGGGUUUUUUUGUUUUUAAAGGGGGGUUAAUAAUAAGGUAAUUAAAGUUAGAUGUGUUAUAGAAGUUAGACUUUUAAGAGGGUUUUGACUAUCAUUUCUAGCUAAAAGCCUACUUAGAAAAGUUAAGGGCAAUGUUUCUCAACUAUGAAAACAUAAGGACUGCUGAGAAUGCUUAUGGAUUGGUCUAAACACUAGUACUUUCACUUUAGGUUGUCAGUUUCUACUUGGUGCCAGUGGAAUGAACAUAUUGCAACUCCAGGCACUAAGGUAAUUCAGUGUUCUGUUCUGUUACUUAAGCAAGCUAGGAUAUCUAGUGAUCUUUUUAUUGUCACUGAACUUUUUAAUAGUUGAAAUUAUCAUUGGAAUUAAAACUUAAAAAUAUGCUUCUAUAGAUCUACUGGCCCUCCUGGGCCCGCAGAGCAGUUUUAAGAAAAAUGAGGUUAAGAUAUAUCUAAAAUGUGUUUGGGUUUCUAUAGUCAAGCUGUUCGUGAAAGGUAUUUAUAUACAUAAAUCUUGCUUAUGGCCACAUUUUAGAGUCAAAUAUUGAAACAAAAGGUAUAUUCACCAUAAUUCUCAGUUAUCUACUAAAAGCUGUGUUUUCAUUGGUUCUCUUGUUACAAUUUAAAGUUAGUUAUUUAACUGAAAUCUGUUUUUCUAUCAUUUCUUUUUAAAGUCUAACACAUGCCAGUUUUGUAUUUGACAUAUGCCAUUUGUUCCUUCAGCUUUAGCUUUUUCCAACAUUUAUGAAGCCUUUUUAUAUAUGCGAGAUCAAUAGGUUUUAUAAUAUGUAUGUCUGUGUACUUAUGUGUAUGUGGGGGGUUAAUGGGGGGAUGUAAAAUAGAGAGUAUUGUGAGAGUUGGGAUUCCUCAGAAAAAUCAAUCUUUUCUCACUGCAACAAAUAGUACUAUUGAUGAAAGAAUCUCAUUUACUAUUAGCUAUAAUACUUUUAAAAAUUGCCCUUUAUAUUGUUUCUGAAGUUUUGAGAAUAUAAUCAGUUACCUUUUUAUGGCUGGUUUUGGAAAAACAGGCUGUCUAAAACACAUUUUACCCAAAAAGAAAAAAAAAUUUGUGUGUCAGAAUUUGAUCCAUACUAUCCAUGUGAUAAACUUCAGCGUGGUAUUACUGUAUGAGAUAUACUUUUUAGUACAGCAUUUUUUACUUUUAUUUCUUGAAAUUAUAGUAAGCAAAGUAAGCUUACCAUGCUGUGAGCUGGAAAACCAAUGUUGAGAUAAAUUAAAAUUAGCAGGUCCUGACCCAUUCCUUCUCUCCUUGUACCUAAUGUAAAGGGGCAAGGGGCACUUACACCUUAUCUGGUAUUAUGUGAGAGGAAGUCUGAUUCCUAUUCAUGAUUGUUUUUAUGUUUGCAAUUGGUUAUAGCAUCACUCUGAUUUACUUCAUAUUUGGAAUAUAUACAUGUAUAUAUACAUGUAACCUCUGGUAACCCUCAGACAUAUUAAAACAGAUUCCAUGUUCAAAUACCACAAGUUUGGAAAAUAUAAAAUAGAACUUAGGAUUUAUUCCUAAGAGAUUUCUUGAAGUCUUUUAACGUAAUUUGACUAUCAUAGACUCUCCUCACUUCUGUUUUUUUCCCCACACAAACACAGUUUGAGAAAGCCUGUUCUAUAUAAAUUCAGGUUACAUUUUAUUUUAUUUGUUUGUGUUUUAUUUUUUGUUUGGUGAGAUCAGGUUACAUUUUAAAUAGUAAAGUUAAAGAUAGCAUUAAAAAGAUAACAUUAAAAAAUAUAAUGGUUUUGGUUCAAGGCUGAUUAAGAAAUGAAGUAAGUGACAGCCAGAAAUCAGUUCGUCAAAGUAGAAAUGGAAAAGAGUAACAUAAUAAUGGGAAAAUUUUUUUCCUCCAUUUUUGUUGAUUUUCAACUUCACAUAUCCAAGCCAUAGCUAAUAGGCUAGAUUUGUAUGAUUAAACCCAUCAGCCAACAAAUUUUCUGUACUUCAGUCAGAAAUCUGCUACGUGCACAUAGAGCACAGGCAUGGGAAAUCAAGAACAAUUUACCUCUGAGAAAGUACGUAAGGUAUAUACAACACUUUCAUUACUUUGAAAUGAACAUUUUUGCUUUUGGAAUUAAAAAAAUUUUGCAUAGGUCUUAAGUCUUGAAGAAAUAAAGAUAUUUUCACUUAUUUUAAGACAUUUUCAUAAAAAAACUUGUAAAUGUCCAAAAUAUAAUUAUUUAAAAUAUGAUAUAUGGUGGACAAACUAAUACUUUAUUUAAUGCUUUAAUUGUACUUUGCAUGUGUCUGGCAUAAAAGCCAAAUAUAAAAAAGUUUGCUUAGAAAGGUAAUUUAGGCCAAAGUUAUAGUUCAAAUUUUAGGUAGGACAUUUAACUCUGUUUUGAUACCAUCUAACAGCGCCACUAAAAAAUGUCAGUCUUGAGAAAAGGAGUGCGGAUGGAUUACUAUAAAUGUCAUUUCCAUUUCUUGAAAUCACUGUAAUACUGCAUGCUCUAGGGGUAUCUGGUUGGUUCAGUCAGUAGAGUGUGCGACUCUUGAUAUUGGGGUUGUAAGUUUGAGCCCCACAUUGGAUGUAGAGAUUAUUUAAAAAUAAAAUCUUUUUUAAAAAA